ACCCUCAGAAGUGCCUGCAGACAUUGCCAAUGGUCCCCGGGGGUGGAGCCCAAAUCCCCCAGGCUGAGGAGCCCCGUUUUAUUGCUGGUCCUGGAGGGAGCUAGGCAGGAAGAGAUGGCAGCCGGGGAGACUCAGCUGUACGCCAAGGUCUCCAACAAGCUCAAGGUCCGCGGCCCGUCCUUGCUGCUGGAGCCCCUUCUGGGAAUGGGCUUCCCGGUACACACCGCGCUGAAGGCUCUGGCGGCCACUGGAAGGAAGACAGCGGAAGAGGCGUCAGACUGGCUACGUUGUCAUCGCAACGACCCUUCUCUGGACGAUCCCAUCCCCCAGGAGUAUGCCCUGUUCCUCUGCCCCACGGGGUCCCUGUUGGAACAACUUCAAGAGUUCUGGAGAGAGAGCAAGCGUCAGUGCACGAAGAACCGAGCUCAUGAGAUCUUCCCGCACAUAACGCUCUGUGACUUCUUCACGUGCGAGGACCACAAAGUGGAGUGUCUGUACGAGGCUCUAAAGAGAGCUGGGGACAGGAUCCGGGGUUCCUUCCCCUUGGUCGUCCCUCUGGCUCUCCAUUCUUCCAUCAGCUACCUGGGCUUCUUCGUGAGCGACAGCCCUGCGGACGUCAUCCGGGAAUUCGCCACGACGUUCGCCAUGGAAGUGGCCGUCUUGGCAGACUGCACCGUGAAGCCCUGCGCCAAGCAGCUGCACCUGACCCUGGCCCACAAGUUCUACCCCCACCACCAGAGGACGCUGGAGCAGCUGGCCAGAGCCAUCCACCCAGGCCACAGCUGCCAGUGGACCGCCGUGCUGUACUCCCGAGACAUGCGCUUCGUGCACUACCAGACCCUCAGGGCCCUAUUUCAGUACAAACCCCAGAACGAAGACGAGCUGACACUAAGUCCGGGCGACUACAUCUUCGUGGACCCCACCCAGCAGGAGGAAACCAGCGAGGGCUGGGUGAUUGGGACCUCCCAGCGGACCGGCUGCCGGGGCUUCCUGCCCGAGAACUACACGGAGCAAGCCAAUGAGUCUGACACUUGGGUCAAGCACAGGACGUACACCUUCAGCCUGGCCAUGGACCUGAUCUCCAGAAAGGACGGGGAAGCCAGCAGCAGGCGAAACGGAGAACCGCACCCUCCACAGACGCCGAGGGACGUUAGCAGCAUCCAGGCUUUACAGGCCACAAUAGCGAGGAAGAGUGUGUUGGUGGUGCGCCACGGGGAGAGAGUGGAUCAAAUCUUCGGGAAGUCGUGGCUGCAGCAGUGUUCCACUCCUGAUGGGAAAUACUACCGGCCAGACCUGAACUUCCCUUGCAGUCUGCCCAGAAGGAGCAGUGGAAUCAAAGACUUUGAAAAUGAUCCUCCACUAUCAUCGUGUGGAAUUUUCCAGUCCCGCAUGGCAGGAGAAGCACUGCUGGACAGCGGCAUCAGAAUCACCUCCGUCUUCACCUCCCCAGCCCUCCGCUGUGUGCAGACAGCCAAACACAUCCUGGAAGAGCUCAAACUGGAGAAAACGAUUAAGAUAAGAGUGGAACCCGGCAUCUUUGAAUGGACCAAAUGGGAGUCCGGCAAAACCACCCCAACCCUCAUGACCCUGGAUGAGCUGCAGGAGGCAGGUUUCAACGUCAGCAUGGAUUACAGGCCUGCGUUUCCCCUCGCCUCCCUCAUGCCGGCCGAGAGCUAUGACGAGUAUGUGAACAGGUGUGCGGUGAGCGUCGGAUGGAUCACCAGCAUCCGCCCACGGGACGUAGGCGUCAUCCUGAUCGUGGGCCACGGCUCAGCGCUGGACUCCUGCACCCGCCCACUCCUUGGGCUGCCUCCCCGCGACAGCGGAGACUUCGCCCAGCUCGUGAGAAAGAUUCCUUCUCUGGGUAUGUGCUUCUGCGAAGAAAAUAAAGAGGAAGGGAAAUGGGAGUUGGUGAACCCUCCCGUGAAGACGCUGACCCAUGGCUCGAACUCUGCGUUCAACUGGAGGAACUGGGUCCCGGGCAGCUAAGAGACUCGCUCGUGCUCUGCGCGGCUCGUGCCGAGGAGGCCCAGCUCUCGGCGCGGCUGGGCGAUGCCGGCGUUUGAGGGGGUCCGACGCCCCCUCGGUGUGAUUUGUAGACGCACAAGACGCACUUUCACGUCCCAGGACGUUCAGCCACCUGCCGCCACCCUCGUAGCCGCCGCAGGUGGACCUCUGUCCUGCGAGCUCAGACCCUGUAAGGUGUGGACGUGCCGCGUGGCCCGGAGGGAAGCGGGUCACCGUGACCCACCGCAAAGGACGGAAGGACCUGCCCACUGUGGCUCGUGGGUUCCCCGUCAUUCUCCCAGUUCUGUUUCAACCCCCUUUGGGCUAUGUCUACACAGACCCAAAGGGGGCGUAAUAUGCAAUAAAAUCUCACCAGAAACCACCCACCGGCUGGAAAUCAGGGCCCCGCAGCUCGCGAUGCCCGCUCCCCGGGUACCGGUUCUAUCGCCGCACAGUAAGUCACCACGGAGCGGUGGCCAGGGGCAACACGCAUUUUUGAACACACACACACGCAAAUCAGUUCCGUUCCGGCUCUGCAGGUCAGGAUUCCUCAGACAGGUCAGCGGACUCCGAGGCCCCCAGAGGCUGUGGGGGGGUCCGUCUCCUGGCCGUUCCCGGCUGCAGAGACCCCUGCCCUCUCCGCCUCCAUCCGCACACGGAGCGUCUUCAGGUCUGUCCCUGCCCUCCGCUUGCACCGCCUCACACCCUCACACCCCCAGCCCCCUGCGGUAAGGUCUCUUGCAGUUAUGGAGGGUCCUCCCGACAGUCCGGGACGACCUUCUGCCUCAAGACCUGCAGCUUAAUCCCAUCUGCAUGGCCCCUUUUGCCCUGUGAGGGACACAGCCGCAGGUCUGGGAUUGGGAUGUGGAUGUCUUUGCGGACAGUCGUCACCCCCCACACCCCACGCAUGGGGCUGCUCGUACGGGGGCCCCGGUAGGAGGAGGAGACGCGCUUCCCUCGUGCAGGCCUGCCCCAGCCUCUCCUUUUCUCCCUUUUGGCCAAGUUGGGGGGGGGGGGCGUGGCCUGCCCUGACUCACAGGAACACCCACCGGCACGGGGACGCCUGCCAGGAUGCUGCAAAUCCAGGGGUGCCUCUGACUCCGGAGCAGCUGGUCCAGGUGGCCGACGGGAGUCUCUCCCCCCACCCCCCACUGGUCACAGCGGACCCCACCGCCAGCGCACUCAGUGCCCCAGACAAAAUCCCACCACGGUGCGGUGAGCCCGACUGGACUCCCUGCUCUCCCACCGCGCUCCAGUUCUGACAUUUCAUUGUCGCGACGGGGCUGACCCGUGCCUGGCCUUUCUCAGGGAAGUGCCCGCCCCGUCCCCAGCUGUCCCCUGCCGUCUCCCGGGCAAGGCUGGGGCCACGCAGUCCGUGGAGCUCUUGAGGAGCAGAGAGGGUGAACCCAGAGUGGACCCCACAACCCGCACAGGAAGCGCCACGUCCCAAGGGACACACACAGGCUUUGGAGUCUAACUGUGGAGAGGAAGACAAAAGUGUCUGUCCCUUGCUUUACUUACUCGUGACAUCAUUUUUCUGUCUCCAAACAUAAAGCAGUUUAAGGGUGACACAGAAGAGAGAGCAGAGGGCAGCCGGCUCACAGGCGGCUCCCGUAUCUGGUCGACAGCACAGUCUCGGGGAAACCACCUUGCACACGUCCCAGCAGGAACUGACCAGAAAGCCAAUGGGUGCCCUGGGGCACCUCCUACGGGUCCGUCCUGCCUCAGAGCACCCGGACGGCCGCCCCUUUCUCUGCAGCAAGUAUGUGACUGGGAAGAAGUAUUUCCUUGUUUUCUCUCCCGGAUACCCCCUGGUGCCACCCGGACACUACUAAUCAUGAUGAUGAUUAAAAACCUUACAAAUCAA